CUGGGAGUCUUCCUUGCUGGCGGCGCGGCGCAGGCCCAAAGCUCCCGACGGGCCCCGCGCCGGAACCCGGGUACAAAGUCCAUACACUCCAUAGUGGUCCUGGCGGGACUGACACACGCCUGCUAUGCUUGUGGCAGCGGCCGCAGAGAGGAACAAGGAACCCAUCCUGAGCGUUCUUCGGCAGUACGUGGACCCAGCCCAGCAUGGCGUCCGUGUGCUCGAGGUGGCUUCGGGCUCCGGCCAGCAUGCAGCACACUUCGCGCAGGCCUUUCCGUACGCCGAGUGGCAGCCGUCCGAUGUGGAUCAGCGCUGCCUGGACAGCAUCGCCGCCACAACUCAGUCCCAGGGACUGUCCAAUGUGAAGGCCCCUCUGUACCUGGACGUGACCUGGGAGUGGCAGCAGUGGGGCGGCAUCCUGCCACAGUCGCUGGACUUGCUGCUGUGCAUCAACAUGAUCCACAUUAGUCCCCUGAGCUGUACGGAGGGGCUCUUCAGAGCAGCUGGACACCUGCUCAAGCCCAAGGCUGUACUUAUCACUUAUGGGCCCUACGCAGUCAAUGGAAAGAUUUCUCCCCAGAGCAACGUGGAUUUUGACCUAACCCUCAGAUGCAGGAACCCAGAGUGGGGGCUGCGGGACACAGCUUUCUUGGAGGAUUUGGGUCAGGCUAAUGGCCUUUUCCUGGAGAACAUGACAUGCCAGCCAAUAACAAGUGCCUAAUUUUCCGGAAAGAAUAAUCCCUUUCCUUCAUCUUGUAUGACUGCAUCGCUGCCUGAAUUUCUCUUGGGCACAGACCAGAUACUGGCUCCUGACUCCCUGGGCUAGGCUCUGAGAAUGACCAGCCCCAUCUUGUCUGGCCCAUCGAGAGCUUCAGCCCAGCCGGCCUUGGAAUAAAGUGUUUCUUGCUGUCCCCUUG